GUGUAAUGGAACAUCGUAAGUCGGCAACUUGGGCGCCGUAGUUGGCUCAACGUGACCGGCCUUUGCGGUCUAUUACCGGAUCCGGUUCGUGUAAACCAAAUUCGACUGGCAUGCCGAAUUAAAUCAAUGUAAUAAUAUUACGUUCCUCUCGAACUUAAACUAAAGUCAACAAUUAUAUUGCCGACAUUUGAUCAGUUUUAAUACGAGUUUAAAGUCCCUUCCCGCUUUCUCCCUCUUACCAUCCCUCUGUUCGAGUCCUUGCUCUCUAUUUAUCUAUGACUUUGGGGAGAAUCCAUCUCUACUCGGCCCUCAAAUCCUCCCUAAAUCGAAAUCCUGGCAUUAAACCCACCAUCAAUCUCUCCAUCCUUGAAUCCCGCCUUCAAAGAUGCCGGAAUCCCAGAGAAUUCCUCCAAAUCCAUGCCCAAAUGACCAUCACCGGCUUCAUCAAGGACACCUUCGCUGCAAGCCGUCUCCUUAGUUUCUCCACCAACUCCUUCUUCUUCGAUCUCGACUACUCUCGCUGGCUCCUCCACCAGAUUGAGAACUCCAAUGCGUUCAUAUGGAACACCCUUAUGAGAGCCUACAUGCAGAGGAAUUCGCCCCAAAACUGCCUCCACUUGUACAAAUUGAUGCUGAGGAGCGAUUCAGUACCGGAUAAUUAUACUCACCCAAUUGUAAUCCAAGCUUCGGCUAUUCGAUUUUCGGAAUUUGAAGGAAAGCAGAUUCAUUGCCAUGUUUCAAAAUUUGGUUUCGAUUCAGAUAUCUACGUGUUAAACACUUUGAUCAACAUGUAUUCAGUCUGUGGGAACCUGCGUCAUGCUCGACUCGUGUUUGAUAAAAGUCUCAUCUUGGAUUCUGUUUCUUGGAACUCGAUUCUCGCAGCAUAUGUCCAGGCUGGUGAUGUUGAGGAAGCGGUUCAAAUAUUUAAUCAGAUGCCAGAGCAGAACACUAUUGCUGCGAAUUCUAUGAUUGCUUUGUAUGGUAAAUGUAAUAGGGUGGAUGAUGCUCGUAUGUUGUUCGAUGGAAUGGAUGCAAGAGAUAUUGUCACAUGGACUGCUAUGAUUUCUAGUUAUGAGCAGAAUGGGUUGUUUGCUGAGGCAUUGAAGAUGUUUACUCAAAUGAAUAGUUAUGAAAUUUUGGUGGAUGAGGUUGUGAUGGUGACUGUGCUAUCAGCUUGUUCGCAAUUGGAGGCAGUUAAAGAAGGAGAAGUGAUUCAUGGGCUGAUUGUUAAAGUUGGGCUUGACUCUUAUGUUAAUCUUCAGAAUGCUUUGAUUCACAUGUAUUCAAGCUGUGGAAAUAUUAAUGCAGCGCGACAAUUGUUUGAGUUGGGUGAUUACUUGGACCAAAUAUCUUGGAAUUCUAUGAUAUCUGGUUAUUUGAAGUGUGGGCUCGUGGAGGAAGCUAAGGAAUUCUUUGAUGCAAUGCCUCAGAAGGAUGUGAUCUCAUGGAGCACUAUGAUUUCAGGUUAUGCUCAACAUGAUCAAUUCUCAGAGACACUGGAACUUUUCAAUGAGAUGCAAGUUAGAGCAAUUAGGCCAGAUGAGACUACUUUGGUGAGCGUCAUUUCAGCUUGUGCUCGUUUAUAUGCUCUAGAGCAAGGAAAAUGGGUUCAUGCAUAUAUAAGAAAGAAUGAUUUUAGGAUUAAUGUGUUUAUCGGGACAACUCUUAUAGACAUGUACAUGAAAUGUGGAUACCUGGAAACUGCAUUGGAGGUUUUCAAUGAGAUGGAGAAAAGGGCCACUUCUACUUGGAAUGCAGUUAUAUUAGGGCUGGCUAUGAAUGGGCUUGUUAAAGAAUCUCUGGAGAAAUUCUCAGAAAUGGAAAGGUGUGGAGUGGUGCCAAAUGAAAUAACUUUUGUUGGAGUUUUGGGAGCUUGUCGACAUGCAGGCUUGGUAGAUGAGGGGCGGAGGUAUUUUAACUCAAUGCAGCAAAUUUACAAAAUAAUACCCAAUAUUAAGCACUAUGGAUGCAUGGUUGAUCUCCUUGGCCGUGCAGGCUUGCUUAAUGAGGCUGAGGAGCUGAUCGAGAGCAUGCCUAUGUCUCCUGAUGUAGCUACUUGGGGUGCUUUGCUUGGUGCUUGCAAGAAGCAUGGUGGCACUGAGAUAGGAGAGAGAGUAGGAAAAAAGCUCAUUGAACUCGAACCUCAGCAUGAUGGGUUCCAUGUUCUCUUAUCUAAUAUAUAUGCUUCAAAAGGGAGGUGGGAUGAUGUCAUGGAGCUCAGGGGCAUGAUGAAACAACGAAGGGUCAUAAAAACACCAGGCUGCAGCAUGAUAGAAUCCAAUGGUGUUGUUCAUGAAUUCUUAGCAGGCGAUGGAUCUCACCCACAAAUAAAAGAGAUUGAUGAGAUGCUUGAUGAGAUGGCUAGGAGAUUGAAGAUGGAAGGCUAUCGACCAGACACUACAGACGUCGCCUUUGAUAUUGAAGAAGAAGAGAAGGAAACUACUCUUUAUAGGCACAGUGAGAAGCUUGCCAUUGCCUUUGGGCUUAUCAGCACAUGUCCGCCAAUCCCAAUUAGGAUAAUGAAAAAUUUAAGGAUAUGCAAUGAUUGUCAUGCUGUAGCUAAGAUCAUAUCCAGAACUUUUCAACGUGAGAUUGUGGUGAGGGAUCGCCAACGCUUUCACCACUUCAAACAAGGUGUAUGCUCGUGUUCUGAUUAUUGGUAGUAUGUUAUUAAUUGAGAUGCAUAUUUAAGGAGGCAACAAAUUGGUCUUGAAGACAAGCAUGGAUUUCAUGAAUGAGAUAAAAUCAAUGAUAUAUUCAGUCCAUUCAUGGUAAAAAUGAAAGAAAAUCUUCCAUGUUUUUUGGUAGGACAGGAUUAAAUUAUCCAGAAUGGCAACAUGCAGAGUAAAUGGACUGCUGGUGCAGGGUUGGCAUUCUUCAAGCUACUGCUGACCGUCAAAGCUGCAAAACUACUUGAAAGUUAACAGUGCACCUGAGUUUCACCUUUUCAGUGCCACCAAAUCUCAGCCUGUCUAAUCUGAGGCUCACAAAAAUGGGAUGCCUUCCCAAAUUUGAGAUGCUCAAGGAGAAAUGAUGUGGCUCAUCUUCUUUGGAUGCUCAUGGCCCGCUGGUGCUCACAAAGAUCAUUGGAGAGAUGCUGUACAGGACAACGUUGUCUAGCUUUCACAACUCCAGUUAGAAAAAAAUGAUCCAAUGAGAAGAAAUUGAUAGCUAGGGAAGCAUUUUUUUCGCUAAAUAAUGCAGGGAAUUUUGCUAAAUAAUUGCAGCAGAAUGUACCGAAAGGAGUUUACUCCAGUAUAGCAAGCAGCUCUUGAAGCGUAUAACAUGGUGUAAAGAAGAACUGGGGCUUGCCACAAUUGGUUGGGCAGCUCAGGGAAGGGAAAGGAGAGAAUUCCAAUUUGUUUUGCAGGCAUUCUGAUGUGACUAUUUUCUGUGUUGACGUUCAGAGGUUGCUACAGCAACUAUUGCAGCAACUAGUCCAGCAACAAUUGAACUGCUGGCUCUCUCGAGGUGCACUAAAUUCUGCUAAAUUCCUCUCAAAACCUAGUUGCUGAAACAUGAUAUUGUUUCAUGGAUAUGCAUCCGGGAGUGUGUAUAUGACAUCAUGAUAAAUGGUCACAUGACCUGGAGGCCUAGUUUUGCUCUGCUUCCAGGAAGAAAUAGAAAGGAGGAUAACCUGGAAGCCUUCUUUAGCUGACAAAUUUCGGAUGUCACUUUUACCCUUGAUUUGUUCAUAAUGGAAAGAUUAAUCUGUUGGCAUGUACAAAGUGCAAACCUUAUUAUGUAACAAGUGCUGAAGCAAAUGCUCUUCAUUUAAUUGCAUAAGAAAUUAUAUCUGUCCCUCUUUCCUAUUCAAAUUGACCUCAUUCACUCUAUAUCAUUGUUACCUUAAGCUCUGCUCCUUGUUGAUUUUAUUUUUUUUGUCUAUAUGUGCUGUCAAGUUAUUGCUGCUUUGGUGAUGCGACAACUUGCUUAUGGUUAUUAGUAGAUUCUAAAACGCCCUGCACCUUACUUCAGGACUUCCCACUAUUUUUGUCUACCAUGGUACAUGAGCACUAAACUAACAUUUGGUUGUGGAAUAAAUUUUGAACGAAGUAUCACUUUUGGAGAGAUAUAAGCUUACUCUGUGAAAUAAGAGGAUUUUGGUAUUUGCUUAGAAAAACAAAUGCAGAAAAUAAAUAGAGAGAAUAAGAUGCAUUCAAUUUCAAGAUAUUUUGAAUUUUAUCAUAAAGAUAAAAUUGCCCUCCUUUUUUUUUUUUUGAGGUAGCAGCAAAGGCCCUAUCGAGACUUUUGAAAAAUAGACUCAUUGCACCUCAGCUUCAUGGAUUUGCACCAACUGAGUAGGAAAGGCAAUCGAUUGCAUUGAUUUGAGAUUUCUUUGGAAUGUAAACAAUCUAUGUUGUUAUUUAUCCAGGAGACCACUGUAGCUGACUCUCCUUCGAGAACAAUGCCUUCUAAAUGAACCGAACUGAUUGCAUUCUUCAUGUGGAACAGAGUGCGAACAUAGAGCAGCAUAUAAGGUCACGGCUUAGUAAUCCCAAAUUACGUAUCCUGCCGCUGCGCUCUCUUGCCCUCCCACAUCUGAAGGACAUGUGGUCUUGUAUCAUAAUCAGCUAUCAAAAUCCUGGAAGCUAAUUACUUAUUGUUCCUCUUUUCUGAAAAAAAAUGGAUGGGUGAAAGCUGACACAUAAUAAUGUUAUAGAAAUGGGAAUUGUACCAACUCAGCUGGCUGGCACCCUCCAAAUACUCAUGAAUUCUAAUAUUUGAUGCAAAAGGAUGUUCAAAAAUAAUUUUUUAAAAAAAAUAAAAAAAAUUAUCCAGGCUUGUUAUUGUUGUGUGCACAUUUUUCAUGACCUCUUAAAAAAGCCAUACUCAUGCACAUUGGGUGCUUGAUAACUCUAUUCAGACCAUUGAGAUGACCAAGUACAGCUAAAUUGCUUUAGCGUUAAUUAUCAUCUUAAUAAGAGUCAACAAGAAAGAUGGCUCACAAUUAAUUUACCAAAUUCAACUCAAAGGAAGAAUCUUAGGUUUUGUCUAUGCUGCCUUUGAGAGUCUUUAAUUUGAGUUCGUGAGUUUAUCUUUUUCCUUGAUUCAAAUUUUAGAGUUUGAGAAUUAGACUUUUCUAAUUUUUUAGAAACUAAAAGGAAAAGUAAGGGGAUAAAUAGUGAAAAUCAAGAAAGUAGGACUUCCCCUAUUGGUAUGAAGAACUUGAGAAAU